CAAUUUAUUUGAGUCUUUUUAUUCGAGGAACACAAUCGUAAGUUAUUUAAGAUAUAGCUAGUUAUCUUAUCUAGCUUCUGUCUCACUCACUUUUUUGUAUGGAGAUUUUUUUUCUUAACUCAAAUUGUCCAUAUUUCAAAUAUUUUCUUUCAUACAAACCUGAAGAACCUGAACCUGGUCUGAAGUAAUGUUGUAAACAGACCACUUCAGAAUGACUGCAAAUAUUAUAUUCGACAAUUGACUUAUAUAUAAUAAAUACUAUUGUGAGAGUAAUAUAUGCACUUGGUUUACUAAACAUGAUUAUGUGUUAUUUGAUGUUUAUAAUAUGUGAAGGUCGCCUGGCAGGAUAUAUUGCUAGUAAUGGGGGCGAUAGUCUCCAUUUCUAACAAUCCCUUCUCCCCGACUGUACGUUACGUUGCCGCCUCGUUCAUCAUGCACACGAAAUACUGCUAAUGCAACAAUAAACUCAACACAAAAAGUGUUCACACCACACAUUAGAAUGGAUCCAUCAUGCUCACAAUCUGGGUGUGACAUAUAUGAGGGGACAGAUGAAGUCCCCUACGAAAGCAAUGCAGAGAAUAAGACUGAUAGUGAAUCAAAUAUGGUAGAUAAUAAAUCAAACACUCAAAAUACAAGCCAACAAAUCGAAGAGCUAGAACGGCAAGACUUCGAGGAGGAGAAUCGGAUAAUUAAGCAUUGUUCGGGUAUGCUUGUCGAUGGGAAAAUCACUGCCACAUCACACUACUCCGGUAAUCUGUCAAGUGCCAGCUCAAGUCUUGCAUCCAGCCUCGCUUCUAGCUCGGAAACAAUUUCGCAUUUAACAAAUGAUUACAGCUUACCGGGUUGUAGUAAGUCCCUGUGCAGUGAUAGCAACACAACUAUAAAGAACAUGAUACGCUCCCGUAAAAACUUCAACGGCGAGGAAACCAAAAAAUAUGAAACGUACAAACCUGAUUUUAUGCAAAAACUCCUUAGUAGUAAUACUCAAGAGAAGAAAGAUUUCCCAAAAGGCAAGAUGUAUAAAGCUGAUACAUUGACCUGUGAAGAAACUGAAGGAUGCGAUGUUGAUGGUAGAGGGGGACCGUCGGGGCGAACUAGUUCAAACGCUUCGAGUAUUGGCAGUUCCGGUUCGGAUAAUUCGAAGGAUUUCAGUGUGCCGUCUACGUCUAACGCUGAGAAGCUGCUUGGUUUGGAUGACAGCAGAAGAAAUGAGCCGAGCAAUUCUCAGUCCACGAAUUACAUGAGUCCGUACUGUGACGGCGACGAGGAUUCCGACGACGACGUCAACGAAGAAGCGUGGUGUACGUGCUUAUCGUCGCACGAGGAUGACGAUGAUGAGGAUGAACAGGACCCAGAACCCGAAAGAUUUUGGAGGAAGAGGCGUUAUGAACCACCUGUACCGCCGCCGCAAUCCGCCAAGAAGUUUUGCCAGGAAGGUGCCAUCUCCAACGGCGCUGGGCCCCACUCCUCGGACCCCAACUGGCACAACAACUUGGCCAUCCAAACCUUAUCCACCUCCAAUGUCCAGGGUCCCCCGGAUAUCAAGCAAUGGCUCAACAAGUUUCAGUCGUGGUCGAACAAUGAGAAGAUCCAAGCUAUCGAUGCAUUGAUCAGCCGCUGCGCGAACAGCCACGUCCGGUACAUGAUGAAGGCGAUCGAGCCUCUGUUCCAACGGGACUUCAUCUCCCUAUUACCGAAGGAGUUGGCACUCACUGUUCUGGGUUAUCUGCAGCCGAAGGACUUGUUGAGGGCCGCGCAGACCUGCCAGUAUUGGAGGUUUCUCGCUGAUGAUAAUCUUUUAUGGAAAGAGCAAUGUCGUCGCAUCGGGAUCACUACACUUAAGAAAAUGCCACGGUCAAUUCCGCGAUUCACCAGCCCCUGGAAAGCGGCUUAUAUGCGCCAGUAUCUCAUCGAGAACAACUGGCUGUAUAAGCCGGUCAACAACCCCAUCGUCAUGCGUGGCCAUGACGAUCACGUGAUCACCUGCUUGCAGUUUUAUGGGAACCGUAUUUUGAGUGGUAGUGAUGAUACAACAUUGAAAGUGUGGUCGGCAGUCACCGGCAAAUGCCUUCGAACUUUGGUGGGACAUUCUGGCGGGGUCUGGUCUUCUCAAAUGGUCGGAGAUUUAGUUAUCAGCGGUUCGACCGAUAGAACUCUCAGGGUGUGGAAUGCGAAAAGUGGGCAGUGCCUAAAAGUUCUCGCCGGCCACACCUCCACAGUUCGAUGCAUGCACCUUCACCAGGACAGGGUCGUAUCUGGAUCCCGCGACGCGACUCUCCGCGUAUGGUCUAUAUCCGAAGGGCGAUGCAUCCGCGUGUUAGUGGGCCAUCUGGCCGCCGUCCGCUGCGUGCAAUACGACGGAAAGGUCGUCGUGUCUGGCGCGUACGACUAUUUCGUCAAAGUCUGGAACCCGGAAACUGGCGAGUGUCUUCACACGCUGGCCGGGCACACCAACAGGGUGUACAGCUUGCAGUUCGACGGAGUACACGUGGUGAGCGGUUCCCUUGACACGUCGAUCCGUGUUUGGGACGUUGAAUCUGGCCAAUUGAAGCACACACUCACUGGUCACCAAUCGCUGACCUCGGGGAUGGAGCUCCAUUCCAACAUACUGGUUUCUGGGAAUGCUGAUUCAACAGUAAAAGUAUGGGACAUUACCACAGGGCACUGCUUGCAUACACUAUCCGGUCCAAACAAACACCAGUCCGCGGUAACUUGCUUGCAAUCCAGCAACCGUUUUGUGAUAACUUCAUCUGACGACGGAACUGUAAAACUAUGGGACCUUCGUACCGGUGAGUUUAUCCGCAACCUUGUAGAGCUGACAUCAGGUGGAUCCGGCGGCGUGGUUUGGCGGAUUCGGGCAUCCGCCACCAAGCUGAUCUGCGCUGUCGGCUCGCGCAACGGCACCGAGGAGACCAAACUCCUAGUCCUCGACUUUGAUGUGCCUGGUGCAUGCCGAAAAUGCGACGAAUAGCAUCGACUCAAUCGACGCCUGUUGCGUCGCUACGCUAACUUGUACGCGCCGUGGCAUUGCUAAGCACAGUCAAUCGAGGAUCGGGAUCGACAAUCUAGAAUCGAUUGAUUAUAACAACGCCCCCACUGGUGGAGCUCUCACUAUUGUACACACACCGUUGCUCCAUUGCUGUCAACCGUGACGAAACUAAUUUAAAUUUUAUAUAUAUAUUAACGCAUUUAUCAUCCGAUUGCAAAAGAAAUAAUAUCCGACUCUCGCAGCUCCACCAUUUGAGGCCCGUUUACGGUACGCGCGCAAGUGUAUGCGACCGCAAGUGUAUGCGACUACUUUAUACCCACCGGACUACGGUAAAAGGGAAUGUGCACAUGGACCCAGAACAAUACGUGUAAAUCUCAACAUACAACAGUUAGCAUUCAAUUCAGUUACAGUAUAAGUCUAGAUAAAAAUGGUGGCUACUAAACCAUCUCCCAUUGCCAAAUUGUAACAACUUAUAUAUUCCAUUAUCCCAAAGAAUUAAUGAAAAGAAAAUUGGUUUUUUAGAUCUAAGUUAUUUCUAGGCGCCCCGGCAAUUUGUGUUGUUUCGAAUAUGUAUAUGUACAUUUUUUUUUUUUUAUUUUAAAUUGUGUAUUUCAAGUUCGUUUUUUGCGACGUUUUAUCAUUUAUUGUAAUGUUAAUUAUAUUAUUUAAAUAAGUUAUUUUAAUUGAACUUAUUGAUUGAUUUUAUUUUUACCAAACAAUAUAUUUAUAUCUUUACAGUAUAUUUUAUUUCUUGAUCGAUUCAUGUUUUAAUUAUUUGACCUUGUCUUGAUGAUGCACUUGUUGUCAUUACCAGUUAUAUGUGUUUUUAUAUACAAUACUGUCCACAAAAUAAAUAUUUGUAAUUGUCAUCUAACUAUAUUAAAUUCAUAUAAAGAUAUACAUAUUAAACUAUAUCAUGAGCAAUAAUACGGUUUGUUACCAAUGUGACUUUGAUGGCAUUAAAAUGUAACUUUUAAAAUUAUCUAUGAUUAACUAUAUCUUAUGCAAACUUAGCACUAUAAUCUUUUCUUUAGUCUUGAUAUUGGUAAAUCCAGCAUUACUUACUUACACUCCUAAUAGUAAUUGAUCAUUACCGUCAAUGAUUUAUUUAGAUCUAAAUUUCCCUUCAUGUUUCAUUUUCAAAACAGUUUUGCUUUCAAGAAAAAAGCCUUGAAACAAAAACUGUUUUGAAAAUUGAAUACGUACUUCUUUUAGUUUCACUUCUGGUCUUUUGUAAUAAAGUGCCAACAAAACUCACGUUGAUAACAAUAUUAUUUCACCAUACGUCAAUAGUUUUUAGUGAUCAUAUUUAAAAUUGCUAAUACACCCAAUUCUACCGCUAACAUUAACUAACCUGCAGUUUGAAAUACUAUAAAAAUUAUUAAAUGUAUUCAUACACACAUACAUAGAUAGAUGUACCUAUCUCCCAUCCGCAUGGGCAGAAACUGAAUAAGUAUUUAAAAAAUGUAAUUCAAUAUAUAUAUAUAUCUGAUGUUUAUUGUGGUCUCCUGAAUACAUAUUCUUGUAUAUAACUUAUCGAAUCCUAAGUAAAUAUUGAAGUAAUAUCACAUAUAUUUAAACAGUCUAAAAUGGCAACUUUUUCGACGUAAAUGGUAUCCCAAUAUAAUUCAAAAAUAAAUUAUUUUUAUUGAUUAUUAAAUAAUAAAUUAUUCUACUAAACAAAAUAAUUAAUCUAUAUUGGCAACACUCGCUGUGUAGGUGCGGCUAUGAAAGAGUCAGCCCAUCCUGUCUCGUAGGUGUCGUAAGAGACGAUUAAGGGAACUUAAUAGUCGAAGGACCUAGUAAUAAACAGUAUACCUAGUAAUGUUUACUUUGUUUUGACAGCAUUCCUAGAAAAAGUCGUAUGUAUAUAAUUUUAAUAUGAAUUAAUUUGGAUCCUAUUACAAAAGACCGAAGGUACCAUUUUAGACUUUGUUGUUCAGCGAGUCGACUAUUUGUAAGCAUUUAUACACCAGUCUACAUAUUUAACUCACAAGAUUUAUUAAGUAUAGGAGCCCAAUAGCCGACAUAGUAUUAAGUCCAUAAUGUAACAUUGAAAAUUAUAACCUGUAAUGAUAAAAGGACAAGUUAUUUAAUAUAAACAAACUCCAUGUCAUACAGCAAAUUUUAAAACUUAAAUUAUACAUAAAGGUAAUUAAAUUACAAGAUUUUAUUUUAUAGUCUAUAAGAUGCAACUUCGAACACCAUAUAAUAUAGAUUUUAUUUAAUUUAAUUUAUUUAUUGAUAUAAUUUACAAAUAUUACUAUACUAUUUCUUUGUACACUCGAUAGAAAAAUUCUCUUCUAUGUUCAUUUUACUUAGUGACUGCUUGUCAUUUAAUCUAAUUUAUUUCUAUAAUUUCCAAUUUAUUUUCCAUUUUAAAUCUUUCCAUUGAUGUAUUUACAAUUUUAUAUUACACACGUGAAAUAUGUCAUACGUCAUUAUACGAAUUAGAGACGGUUCCUUUCUGUACAGAAUAAUAAAAGAAACGAAAGAUUAGAACGUCUCACUCCUUUUAUUAUAGUGCUUUUAAUUAUUUAUUUAUUUUUUCUUUCAACUGCCUUCCUGUUUAUUUGAGACGAUAACUCAAAAUAUCUAAAUAAUUUUUCUUUUGGUUUUUAUUGGUCUCAUUAGGACUCAUAAAUUUUUCUUAAAUAUCAUCUGAAUUUAUGGUUUCAUUCUUUUUUUUUAUUACGCUGUCAUUCCAUUUAGACAUUACGUGUCAGGCGUAUUUAUAAAAAAAAAAUCUUUUUAUAAAUAUGUUAGACGUUUUGUAUCGGUUUCGGUAUUUUAAAUAAUAUUUAAAGUUAAUAUAAUAAAUUUCAUUUUAUUUUUCACUUUUCUAGUAUCUACAAUGUCUACUAAUGUACGAUUAUACGUCGAAAUAUUAACGAUCUUUUUAAAAAUUCAGUGUUUAAGAUAUUGUGGUUGCAUCUCGCUUCGAAUGCCAUCUAUCGUGACUGUCCUUGUAGUUUUAUUUUACUAUCAAAUUUACUAUUUUUUCUAUAUUAUUGCAAUCAAUUAUACAUACGCCUAUUUUACAAAAUGGCGAACUAUACUUUUUUAUAUAUACUACAUUUAAAUUCGUUAAUUGAAAGAGGUAAAUGGAAUUAUUUGUCUAUUAAUAUUUGUCUAUUGUUUAUUCGUGUCUUGAUGUAUUAUUUGCUAAGUUAAAAAAAAUAUGUCAAAAGAACAAUUUAUUAUUAUGUAGACGUAAUAGUUUUGUGUGUUUGUACCUAAAGUUGGUGCCAUGGUGCCGUGCACUCACGAAGAAUUAUCUUCAUUAAUUUAAGUUAUACACAACGCGACCGAUAUAAGAAUAGGAGUGACUGCCAAUUGUCAUUUGGCAAAUAAGAUUUGCAAGGAAUUGUUUAAAAUUACACAUUUCAUCCUGAGAUAGACUGCUAAAAGAAUAAAAAAAAAAACAGCAGUUCAAGAAAGCUGAAAGCAUCGAUAUAGUUCAUUGAUAAACUAUGGCAACGCGUGAGUAGUACUAUGGACAUUACAUUACUCUGUGAAGUUCAUGGUCCCAUUACUGUCAGCUUGUUUGUCAUUCUAAGUUGCAUAAAAUAUCUCAGAGAACCCGUACUCUACAGUGGGACAUUGUUACGUAUUUCAAUAGCCGAUAUGUGACAGUAUGGCAGAUUUACGCUCCUGUUCUUAUUUCUUCCGCACUGUAACGUAUACCACGCGAGGCUCCUCGUAUAAAGUCGAAUACAAACACAUUUCUAUUUUAAUUUUAAUCGUUAUGUUCCUUAAUUUGUUAAGUUAUUUUAAAAUCUCUUUAUUAAGCAUAUCUCGGUUUUGUUCGCUCGUCUUUAUUGGUAAACUCUAGACAUUUAUUAUUAAUUUCCUUUUAAAAAUAAAAAAUAAUUCCAAAAAUUAAAUGUAUUCCAAAAAUUUUUUUCAUACUAUUAACAGUAAAUUCGUUGUAACAUAAGUCAAUAUUGUUUACUAAAAAGGACGGGUAAAGAGAAACAAACUUUCAUAUUAUAAAUGGCCAGCAGUUUAUCAUAUAACUUCAUAGUCAGUUAAGAUAAUAACAUAAUAUGUCUAAUUACGAACCAUAUAUCAGAUUGUUAUAGUACCGAAUUAAAGUUAAACAUUUAAAAUUCAUGUACACCAUGAAUCAAGAAAUUAUAUAGUACGCGGCUUUGUUUUGACCACAUUUCACCAAUGGCGGGAAAUUAAAAGAAAAAAAUUUAAAGCCUGUUCAGACGAUGCCCAUUUUGUCAGUUAAUAAAUUUCCCUGUAAGCUGUGUACUUGCACACGGCAUGUGCAUGCAAUAUUAGGGUUAUUGUAAUCAGACUAAUAUUUUACGCCGAGAAUUAUCGCUCCUGGGACGACGAGGCAAUCGAUUAGAAAUAUUGCCCACGAUCAGAAUGUGCUCAUUAGAGCGACCAUUGUGUGCGCGGACCAAGUGCUCUGUCCGCGAAGGCGAGUUAACAGUUGUGACCACAGACUUGCAUAAAACUCUUGAGUGCGUAAAAUCGUCUCUCACGGCCCACCAUCAAGCCGCUGCUAUAGCUGUUUGAACAUUCGUUGUGUAUAUAUAUACAUAUUAUUAUAUAUAUAUAAAAUAUCAUUGAAGAGCGUCGUACGCCUAUCUUCAUGAUGGCUGUAAUAAAUAAUUAAACAAAGACUGAAGCAUAGGAAUAGUGUAAUAUUUAAAGUAUUAACUGUAGUUACUUGUGUACUGCUAUGAUCAGUCUCAGCGAUGCCUUUGUUCAUAAUUCUCUUUAUUUUGUUCAAACACUUCCGUUUUGUUUUGUGUGUUCAGGCCCUUACACGGGCAAUUUUUGGACCAACUGUAGGGUUGUCAACUGUGAAAUGUGUCCAAACGUUGAAAGCAAUAUAGAAGAGAUUGAUAAUGUAAUUAAAACAUAUUAGCAAUAAGUAACGUUUGAUAUGCCAUUUGCUUUUAGUUUUCAUUGACUGCCAUUCCUGGCAACAGAUGCGGGUGGUAAUGAAUAAAAUUGUAAAUCGCUCGGCAAUAAUCUCUAGGUACAAUUGAUUCGUUACCGUUGCAGCUGUCUAGUGGUGUCACACCGCCCAUUGCCUGGAAUUGCGCAAUUUAAAUUGCCCGUGUAGGCACCUCUGGGAGAGCGGGGCGGACUACCGCCUCUUUUAAUUUAGUUACAUUAGUUUUAGUGUAUUAUAUUUUAAGGUCUCUAUGCCAAACAUUGAGGUUCGCCGCCGUACUGAUUGCGGUUUGUAUGGGCUACUGCCCAUAUUCGUAUACAAUGUUGAUCACGUACAGUUCAAUUUUUGUGUUGUUUCACUUAUCUUCUUUUAAUUUUUAACCAUGUAUAAUUAUACGUAUUACAGUUUGAUUCUCAAUAUAUUUUCAAAUAAAAUUACUAUAUGUUUUUAAGUAUGCUUAAGUUUUAAUUUUUCCUUUAUACAAGAAUGAUAUAAUCAAUUCACAUAACUUAUUCGUAUCAUAAACAUAUUUUGGCUGUCAUUGCUAGUCUUUAUCUAAAUUUUUAGAAAGUUACACAACACUGGCAGCCAAAAUAUGUUUAGUGGUGGUUUUAACUUUUAUUUUUCUUAUGAAUUUUGAUUAAUUAGUAAAUUAACAUUUUAUACGGUUUCGCUCGCGCGAACACAUUAUUUCUUGUUCCCAUGGAGUUUCCGUGAUUUAGAUUAAGAAUGGUUUUUAGAUACAGCUUAAAUAAUAGUACUAUAACAAAGACAAGAAAGAGGGCAUUACACCUAUAUAUCUGUGGAGAUAUAUAUAAGGUCGCUUAAAAAUCAUGCGCAAACAAUUUUGCAACCUACGCGCUGUGCGGAGUGGUGAUAUUACAAUGGCUAUUAUUGAGCAGUGUUUUGCAAUAAGGUUAUGGGCUCAAUAAAACUGAGAUGUGAAUUAGGCGUGCCUUUAUAUCCUACUGGGACAAAAAAAAAAAAAAAAACUCGUAAAGUAAUCAUUUUUUGUAGACUUGUCAAUCACGGAUAAUCUGAUGUUUAAAUUAUUGUUAAUUUUUUUUUAAUUUGUCUAUAGUGCUAAAUAAGGCAUAUAAAUAUGCAAAUAAAAUUAAGCAUUGUACUCAAACCGCAUUUGAUAUGUCGUCGCGUUACACUGGCGUGACUAGUUGGACACUUCUGAGGGAUAUGUCAAACAUCUAACUUUAGGCGUUGCGCAAACGCAGGCACACUAAACAUUACAGUGUCUUAUAUUGAGAACAAGCAACCGGCAACCACUAAUAAAUAUAUGACUUCCGACUGAUUCCACUCGAAACUAGAUUGUUGGCAGUUUGAAGCUAAUAACUGGCAAUUACAUGUUGCCUAAAAAAUAACUGUGUUGUAAUUCCAUAAUGGAAUUUUAUUGUACUAAUUGUAAAGUUGUCUGUUGAUCCACAAGCAAUAUUAUUUUGUAAAAUUUAGUCGAUAGCAAAAACUGUGUACACGUUUGCGCAUCGCCUAAUUUUAUACAACAUUAUUAUUUGCCAACUAAAAUGUAAGCCGUGUAACCAAUUAUCUCAUUAAUAAAUUGUAGUACCUAUGUAAUUCCAUCAAUACGGUGACUUCGCUCACUAGCGCCACGAGGGUUUCUCGUUUGCAAAAUGGCGGACGUUUUAUCAAUUUUAUUUUUAUUUCCAUUAAUUUUUAGUGGGUUUUAAAGUUAAGCAAAUUAUUGAUUUUAUUUUUUAUCAUCCUGGAUUGUGUUUUAGUAAUUGUCCGCGUGGCGGCAGUAUGCGAAGGGCCCUAGUUAUAGAGACAUGUUUGGCUGAUUGAUGAAUUAAAUCAGAUUGUUUCAAUCAUGCGAUUGGGUUUUCUUUCAACAUGGCCGCCGUGCACGAACAUGUAAAUAACAUUUAAUAACACCAGGACGACAGAUUGUUACAUCAUUCUGUUCUGUUUAAUUUGCUUUUAAUUAUUGUACGAUUAGUUAUUAUUAGUAAAUAAAUUCAAUUGUUUUCA